AUGAGGAACUGGGGGUGUAGCUUUUGCCUCGCCUCGGUCGUUGGUGCAUUCUGGGCUUUGGGUGUCGAGGCGGCCGACUACAGAAGACAUGAUGGCGUUCAUCGUAUUGAGAAGGAGGCGCAAAUCACACAGCCAGCGGGUCUUGCUCGACGAGCCGAAGCGCAAUGUGCGACGACUAGCCAGUAUUUAUGUCCGUCAUCACUGAGCUACGGCUGCUGCCCGAAUGGAAUGGCAUGCGGCGUGAACCAGUGCUACUCGUCCGAUCCUGUAACUGUCACAAGUACUAUGGUCAUUACAACGACAAUAAGGGGGGAGCGAACGACUUAUAAGACAACAGCCGUGACCGUCGAAACACCAACGGCUCCUACGGCUCUCCCGACGGUAAAUGCUGGGGAAGAUAACGAUCAGGCAGUUCUAAAAUACUUCCCAUCGUCGAUCCCCAAAGUCAGCCCAACGAGCUUAUCUGACGAUGACAACGGCGACAAAGGAGGCCUUUCAACUGGCGCAUUGGCUGGUAUUAUUGCCGGCUCUGUGGCUUUCUUGAUUAUCGUAUUAGUGGCGGCGUUUAUCAUCAUCCGCCAUCUGAAUAAGGUUGUUGCUGCUGUCGCCACACCAAAAACAUCAGACAAAUCCAACGGCUCAAAUAGUAAAUCUCGACAGACUCGAGAGUACAAGACUGCAGACUCGGCCGUCGAUGAACUAAGCAUCGAUCCAUUGAUACAUCCGUCAUUGAUACCUCCGCGGCCGCGAAACCCCGGCCCUGACUCCGCAGCAACUUCACCAUUCGGUCUCGCCAGUGCAGAUCACAGUUCUAAUGAGCCUACGCCAGGAGGUAACGGUUACCACGUGGUACCAGGAAGCCGCAACACCAGCAGACAUGCUAGUUUCGAUGCAAUGGGUAACAGGGACGAUUACUUCAGCGCCGUGGCCGCAGGCGAACAACAUCGAAUGAGCCAUAUCUCUAGACUUACUGGGUCGACGAGGAACCGUUCGAGUACAGAUUCACAUGGGACGUAUACCCACGUUCGGAACUACAGUAAUGCUUCAGAGGGAUCCGAUGGUUCACCUGGAGUGAUGGCAGGUGCUCAUCCGACAGCAGAGCUAGAAGCAACACCGUACGUACCAGAAUUGCCGAGCUCUCCAUCGUCGGUGGUAUUCCCAAGAGAUGAAAGACGAAGAUCAUCAGGCAGUAUUGCCAGUGUCCCGAGCCGACCUCCUGUAGCUCAGCGUCAGUCGGGUGGACCACGAAUACGGAGUGAUUCUCUGGGUCAGAGUAAUCUCAGUAUUGUGAAUGAAGAGAUGCAUGGAUUCUAUGGGCCGAGUGAACACCUCGUUGGUCAAACGGACAGCCAUCGGCCAGGAACUCGAGGCUCGGGUAACAGGCAACCAAAUGCACCUAUGGAACCUCCACGACCUGUGGCUGAGGAACCAUAA